CAGAGGCAAACAAAUUUGUCACUAUUUGGAGAAAUAUACAAUUACAAGAUGAAGCGUAUUGUUAAUGUCUAAUUCACGACAAUCUGGUAGUCGCCACAUACGGCAAGCAUGGGUUGCUAAAACCUAUUUUACCUUGGUUCUUCGCGAGUCGGGCUGCAUGUAGAAAUAGCUCAAUAUAAUUGAUUCAUCGGUGUGUAUUAUUAUAAUUAUUAUCAUCUUCACUGUCACAAUGCGAUUCAGGAGAAUAAUAAACAACUAUACACUGCAUCACAAGGCAAACAGCCAUUGUUGAGCAACCAGCUGCCACACCAGAAAGCCCUUACGUCAGGCGUGAUUAUCUGCCAAUGACAGCGUCACACAUAUUCGCUGAUCGUUCUGCUUCCAUGACCUUUAAUCACAUUGUCUAUAUAUAUACACGCAGUCAAUACAUCAUAAAUGAUUUUAUUAUCGUGAUAAAUGUGAGUCAAUUUGCAAGAUGAAAUCUUUUGGUGAACACUUUGUUAGACAACGGCUUCGCGUCAUUUCCUGUAGCAUAAGUAAGUUUAUACAUUCCUACAUUUUCCAUAUGUAUUUAUUUCCGGAUUGACAUUCAACGUUUUAGCCAGAGACCCUCAACUAGAUCGACCGUACAACUCGAUCAUUGUUUCCAACAUGCACGUGUGGGGAGCCGUCUCUCAUCAAAAAAGAAAAUGAACUAAAUCCUACAGAGCCAUCCACUUCCAAGUCUUGCAAGGGUCCAAACAGUAUGACCUGCCUGAGAGAACAGAUUGCAAUUCCGCCAGUAAAACACAAGUAUGAUAACAAAAAAUCUUGGUCUCAAAACAAAAAGGAAAAGGAAGAUCGUAAGUGCUUACCUCCAGCUUGCAAACGUGCCAGGCUGAAUCUGCCUGAGUUGGCACCAAAAUGCAGCAGCAGCAAGCUGAGGAGGACAAUCACCGUCACAGACGAUGAAGAUGAAUUCUCAGAUGACCUUCCUGACCUUGAUCUGAGACAGAAAACUCCUGAGCAUCAUCCAGCCUAUCCCCCAAACCCUACAGUGACUUCGUCCCCCAUUGUCUUGUCAUCAGAUGAUGAUGUAGCCAACACGAGGCUUGGCAUUUUUGCAUCACUUUCAGCCACUCCAGAUGAGACAAUGGCUAAACCUGAAGUGCCAAGUCUUGAUAAAGGUGUUAAUGAUAAGAAAGAAACUGGUAUGAAGAAAAGGCUGCUAUUAACAGACUCUGCUAGAACUAAAAUGGCAGCUAUUUUUGGCAAUGUUCUCAAGCAAAAUAAGACGGUAGGUGGAAGGCCACAGUCACCAUCAGAAUUUUCGGAUGUAUCGAGUAGCAGCAGUAAACCCUCCUCCACUGGCAGCAGACAUUUCAUGGAUGCAGUCUUUCAGCCUAAUGAGAAUGCUCGAGCUGCAUCACCAGUGCCAAGUUUAUCUGAUGUCUCUGACUCAUCACAGAUAGAAAUUGAUGAAAGUGACAGUGAUGAUGAUGAUGAUGAUGAUGAUGAUGAUGAAUACCAGCCUGACUCUGAUAACACGGAUUGUGAGAUUCUAAAUCCUGUCAAUCGAUGCCCUUCAAAGAGCUUUAAACACCCUACUCAAAUUUCAGGUCCAAAGAAGACAAGAACGGUCAGUGUCACUAAUAGUUCAUCCCACAGUGUUCCUCGCUUAGACAUUCGUAAAUUCUUUCCCUCCAAGCCAUCUAAUUCCUAUGAAAAAGUAAGCCUUGAAGGUCGCUCAAGUCGUUUGAUAUCUUAUCAUAGUCAGUAUGUUACUGAAGAAGACGAACUUGCAGCAUCUUUGACUCACUUGCAUGUGAAUACAGUUGAGGCAGCCUUAGAAGAAGGAGAGAAGUUCCUGGAGUAUGGGCUUGACCUGGUCAGUGACUUCUCCUCAAGGUUAAAGCCAACAGAUGAAAUUGUGUCUGAAAUCAUUGAAAAAAGUCUCUUAGGUACGAGUUGCAUCAGAGUAUCGUACAAGACAUUCAAACUGCUGAGUCAAGUGUGGCAAAAGUACCCGAGCUGCAUUCACAUAGACUGGCUUCUCUUCACUCGUGUGAUGGGCAACCUCUCCCUUGAAAAGGGGAUGUAUGUGAUUCCCACAGAGUCUAUAGUGAAGGGAAGUCUCUACCUCCAGCUGGUUAUCCAGGCUCUGGAAACAGAUCUCUACAAAAGGAACCUGCAUAAUCUUGCAGAAAUACGUAGAGCUCUUGCUUACCAGUAUUUGUCAGUUGACAUGUCGUACACCAAUUUAAAGCAGAUUGUUAACUGGGUUGGCAGCAUAAUUACAUCUGAGUACAAAGAUGUUAGUAAUCCUAGACUAGUGGAGAAGCCAGACAGGUCAGACAAGGGAAAUCAGUCUAAACACACGUGGUCAUGUGUUGAUGGGGGAUGUGUUCCCAAGGUACUACCUAAUCUACAGAAGCUGCUGCACUUAGGCAUCCAGGUGUCCAGGAACUGUGUGGAUGCUGCCAAGCGGAUCUCUUGUGAAUUAGUCAGGACAUACAUCUACUUGUCUGACAUUCGAUGUAAGAAGUUGUUCCUACAGACACUGUCAUCAGAUCUCUUGCGCUUCAAGGUGACACAGAGGUUGCUGGAGGAUCAGUGUGAUGGAACCAGUCUGUGCUGUGAGGAUUUCCCUGUAUCACUGAAGCAAGUUGUAGAGGCCUACUACCAAGCUUCCCCUCCCCGAAGUCUAGUCACCCCACCCCAGUCCCCAUCAGAUGAUGAGGGGGCAGGGGCUCGUGGUGCAGGGAUCCAACAGUACUCCACUGCAAGCUGUGAGGAACUGGCCAUGUUGGUGUAUGUUAAUACACAGAGCUAUCUGCAGUGUGCGCAAACUACGGAGUAUGAGCCUCUGGCACAGCAGUCCGGACACAGGCAGAAGAGAGACUUUUCCUUUGUGAGUGCACGAGAGCUACAGAUACUGCGAGAAGCUGUGGACGAGUUGCAUGGCCACAUGUUGCAGCUGACCAGUGAGCUCAAUAGCACCACCCACACCUAUCUCUUCAUGAUAAAGUGUCUUAGCAAUCUUCACUGAGGUGCUCCUGAACUGGGGAAAACCUUCAUGUGAAUCAUCAGUUGACAGAGCUUGGCAUACCACCUUCAUCUUGUAUAUUCAGGAUGACAUAUUUUGGGAACCUUUACCCUUUAACACCUCCAGCUUCAGUGCCUACAUACCCUAUACCACAGGGACAAUCUCACAGGGCAUGCAAGAGGACCCUUGUCAUGGCAGCUCAUAGUCACAUAGGGCUGCUCUUUCACAAUAACCUCUGCAUUCAGGGUUGCAGCUCAUAUCAUCAUGGUAGCCAUGCUAGUUCUACUUAGCUUGAUGUGUAACAUUACCUUAUGUUGUCUCAGGUGUUAUGGAAACAUCAGCUAUACACCAUGUGAAGACCUAUCAACAAGGACCAGUGCUGUUCCUUGUGUUGUGUGUUAGAGCAAGGUGCUGGAUAGAAGGGGCAGUGUUCAGUGUUUGGAAACUGUUACCUUGGGUAUGUUGCUUCAUGAUCUCAACAUUUUACAGACGGGGUAAAACAUUUCGUGGAACUGCUGCAAGGCAUCAACACCUCACCAGGUACAGACUCAAUGCUCCAGCUUUUCCUCUCAAUAUUGUUGUUGUUUUCAUUUUAGUCAUCAAUAAUCAUGUUUUGUCAUUAUUGCACCAGUGUGUGCCAAAAGCCAUUUGUAUUGUGUAAGGUAUUGGCAACAGUAACAAUAGAGGCCUAGGUCUCAAUCCACAAAUUAUUUGAGGCUCUGUGAUAUUCAUAAGCCUAUGGUACUCUAUAGAGUUACAACAGGUUGUAACAAUACGAAUGCUUUGUGGCUCGGGACCCUGACCACAUGUUAUGAAGGCUUAGUAAAAACUGGUUUGGCAGAGGGUUUACAAAUGAUAUGCCAUUUUGGAAAGAUAUUGUCAUAUGUGUUUACCAUCUUUAAGAUAUGGCAUUGAAAUUUGAAUAUGAACACAAAUUCAAGCAUAUUUCAACUUUUAAUUAUAUUCAUGGUAAAGGUUUUAUUCUAGUGUGAGAUCAUCAACACCUGCAGCUUGCUCACUGACAGAAGGGGCGGUCGGGUAGCCUAGUGGUUAAAGCGUUCGCUCGUCACGUCGAAGACCCGGGUUCGAUUCCUGACAUGGGUACAAUGUGUGAAGCCCAUUUCUGGUGUCCCCAGCCGUGGUAUUGCUGGAAUAUUGCUAAAAGCGGCGUAAAACCAUAUUCACUCACUUACUCACUGACAGAAUUUCAUAUUGAAGGCAAAAAAUCCUGCUUUGAAGAACUUCUUAGUGCUAAGCUUCUGGUGGCCUAUUCACAAGCUGUCUUACUGCUAAGAUUGCCAUAAAGGUGUUGUAGCGAAAUAAAUCUGAGCUAAGUCUUUCGAGGUUGUCUUUUUAAGUUAUCUAAAAUUAUUAUAAAAAGAAUAAGACAGGGUUUGGAACUGUUUUAGGAGCUUAUGACAGGUACAAAGGUGGCCAAAAGAUGGCAUGUUGAAAAAAACGAUUUGACAGUGUAGGUAUACUCUAUGUAUGUAUUUGCAAAACACUGCUGAAACACCCUUUUCUUGUCAAGGGCAGUUACUUUAUAUGGAGAGUGAGAGUGGUUUCCCUUUGACUACACAUACAAUGUUUGACAUAAAUGGUGUACAAUGGAGUGAGCACCUUGUCCAUUAUCUAUAGCUUGAUGGCAAGUUGUUUGAAAAGCAUUUCGUCCAUGAAUAAAUAUUACAUUUCCAUUGAUAAAAGAUAAUGAUUCAAGUUUCUUUAGUGUUGUGUAAAAAAAUACUUCAGAUAUGUAAGGUUGAUUUGCAGUGGUAGGUUGAUUCACAUAACAUUCCUUCCCAAAUGGUGUGUGUGUGUGCGUGCGUGAGUGUGUGCGUGCGUGCGUGCGUGCGUUUCAUUGUCAUAUGUUCAGUAUUUCCUUCUCACAUCUAGCAAACAGAUGUUUGUUCAGUGUGUUUGAAGCAAUCUGUCUGUUUUUGACAUGUGGCCAUAUCGAUAUAAUUCACAUAUUUCUUGUCCUUGUAGAUAGUUUCCCUUUAACAAGGUGUGAGAUCCUUGCAUACAGGAUAAUGUGCAAAUUCUAAUUAAAUUUCUUCUGUGAUUUACAUAAAGGUUAAAAUUCAAGUUUUAAAAUCGCAAAGUUGCUUGAAGAUUUGUUUUAAUUUAAGAUGCUCAGAAGACAUUCAUGUGUAAUCAGUAUCUCUAUGAAUAUUCAAUCAACUGGCAUAGUGUCCAGAGCCUUUUUUCACUAGCACUGUUACCGCACACCGAAGACGGAAAUACUGCACGCUGAAUUGUACCAAUAUCAGUUGAAUGAUAUCACAGUGCACCAUUUAGAUAAGUUGUUGUUUUAGUUGAACAUUGUUCUUUUCUAAGGUUAAGUAGUGUACUCCUAUUUGUUUACAAACUAUUUAGGUUGGAGGUGUAUUUUGAAACCGAUUGAAAAAGCGUCGUGAAAUGUGAGACCCCAUAUGUAUCGCUAGAAUACGAUAUAUUGCUACUUUUUCACAUAUAUCUUUUAGCACAUUUCUUUUUUCUUCGGCAUCAUCCUUUCACAUUCUAUAUAUCCAUCUGCAAUGCUUUCUGGAUCUAUCUAUAAGCAUGAUAAAGGACAUCAGCUUUAUGAUAAUAUCCUUCAUUGAUCAGUAUUACAGCACAAUAACAUGAGGCAACAGCAUUAAUCGUCACAUCAACAUUUACCUUUGAUAGAGGUUUAAUUGUUUAUCUUUAAAAUGUGUAUUAAUUUUAAUAAAGAAAAUUUUUAAUAAUCAAUCUAGGGAAUUCCCUGAAUAAUUGUCAUUGGGAAAUUAUGUCUGUGACAAAAGAGCUCACUGUCUUAGCUAAUAUUUGUGUCGUAAGUAAGAUAACGUAGCAAUAGGUAACACAGCUUCAAGAAUAUCUCUUAUGGCAGUCAUAGUUUUAGUUGCAAGUCAUUAAGAUUUGUAUCAGCGAAGACAGCUUCACGAAUAGGCUGCCUGAGUUGUAUGGUUGGACUUGGUCAGUGUAGCUGCAAGAUUACUAGAUAGUAGGAUGUGUGUUUUAGGCAGUAUUUUAAGUCAUAAAUGUGUUUACUUUGAGAUAUUUGAAACAUACAAACAAAUGAGAUCAUAUGUGUUCAUACCUGUAGCAGAUAUUUGAUUGUGUUGACAUGCUUGAUGUAUGUUUAAUGUCAUUUGCUGUUGUAUUUGAGGGAACUUACUACAUGACUACAACCUCUGUUCUGGUGUACACAACCGACAGCAUGGUAUUGUUUGAUCUUAGACAUAUUACAACAUGCCAAAUCAUUCUCAGUACUGAAUGUUAAAGAGCUUUUAUGUUAGGCUGAAAGGAUAAAAGUACUUGGUUCACAGGCCCUGAAAGCAUAUCAACAAUUGGUUCACAGGCCCUGAAAAUAAAUAAACAGUAGGUUCACAGGCCCUGAAAGCAUAAAUGUAGAUUGUUCACUGGACCUGAAAGCAUAUUAGUAGUUGGUUCUCAGGCAAAGACUUGAAAACAUUUAUACAAAAUGUACCUUCUUAUAUAUUUUGUAAAACUGUGGUACCAUGUGCCUUCUCUGGUGCCAUUCACAGAAUAUGUCCCUGUCUAGAAAGAUCUUGUUUUGUAAUAAACCUGUCAGCGGGUCAGUGAGGUGUGGUCAGUAGGUAUUUCAGACGUCCUCUCCCACUACUGUACUUGACAACAGGCAGUAUCACAUACUCAAACCAGACAAAUGUGGGUCAGAGCCAGUCCAUUGGGAACAACGUUUGUAUCACAAAUAUUUUGUAUUCACUUGAAAAAUCUUCAAUCUGGUCCAAGUUGACUUGGUGUCAAAUGGGCUGUGACAGGCACUGAGCACAAGCAGGAGGUAUUAGGGACCGACCAUUUAAUAUUCUGGGGGGGACCUGGGAUUUUAUUGAAAAAAAUAUAUUGUCCCUGAAAAUUCCUGAGACCCUGAAAAUUCUAGAGAAAAACAAUCAAGGUGUUUUUUGUUUUGAAAUAAUUCAAGCUCAUUGUUUUAAAUACAAAAAUAUCUGGUUUUGUAGAUGUUGUAGCUGUAGCUGAAAAAAUAUCUAAGUUUCGAUACCGAAUUCCAGGACCCCCCCCCCCCCCCCCAACACACACACACACACACACUGGCCAGAUAUGAAAUGGUCGGUCCCUUAGGUUACUCUAUUUCUUAUACUUUUAGUGCUUUGCAUCUACAUGUUUUGUGUUUAGGGGUGGAAAUUUAAGCCCGUUGGAGAUUCUGAUGAUGGCUUCAGCAGUACUUUUACUUCAUGGUUAUCCCUCAAUGCCUUAUGCUUAUGUGCUGGUUCAAAUAUCCUAUUUCUAACUUGAUGGCACUGUCCAUGCAAGCAAAGCAACUUGUCACUUGUAAUGCUUAUAUGUUAUGUCAUAUUAUUUUACGGUUUGAUAUGUGAGAUGAUUUGUGGUUCAUUGUAUAUGCUUGAGUAUGUUCCAUGUAGUUCCACACAUACCUCUGUGUAAGGUAGGUCCACUACUACAGAGCCAACAUGUGACAGCACCAUCACGCUGUUACGGUGGUGCACAAACCACAAACAGUCAUAGGAACAGUGACACAAAUUGGACUGAUGACAGUUCAACAUGGCUCAAUAUAUAAGAUUAAUCAAAAUUCGACCCCUCAUACAGUGAAACCCAUAACACAAAUGUAAAAGUAGACCACAGCAGUUACAGGGGAUGAUAGGAUUAUGUUCUAUUAGCUGCCGUGACCUUCCAUAGCUGCUAACCUUGGAAGUUUUUUUUCAUAGCUGUGUGUUUGUUGAACCAUCUGGAACAUGUAGACCACCAAGAUGUUCUGAUACUGUUAGGGCUCGUCUCCCUGGCCCACCAUGUGUUCCACAUGUAUCUCUCUAUAGAUGAGCCUUAUGUCUGUCUGUAGUUGAACCAUGUGUCUGCCUUAGACAUGCCAUUAUGUUUGUAUAUGCUUAGAUGAACAGUGUGUCUGUGUGUAGGCCUGUUCCUUCGUGUUUCUUGUACAGUUGUCGUCUCAGGACGGUUGAAAUCCAACAUGCAGGUGGUCACUCCUGAAGUUCACCAGCCUGAUGCCUGUGUUUCAAUUGAACAUUGUCACACUGAAACUACCAGAAACUGUGUACACAAAGAAAUGAAUUCUAUAUGCUAUUUCCACUGUUUACAUGCUUCACAUGUUUGAUGGUGUCAUCACUGAAUUUCAGUGAUCCAUUCAUAUGAUUUUCACUGCUAUUUUGACUUUUGCACCCAAUGGAAUCUGUUUCGGCAGAUAAUCAAGAUUAUUUUCUGGCAUUGACUUUUUAUAUUUAUAAAUUAUUAUGGAUAUUUCAUCAGUACCUGUUAGUGAAGAUGCAGAAGGAGAAACUGUUUUAAAGUAAUUAAGACUUUGGGUUUUCUUGGAGCUUUUGUGAAAUAUGAUUAUGACUUAGAAAUGUGCUUAAAAAGACUUUUUUCUUCAGAUGAAAUGAAAAAAAGAAUAAUUGUAGAAAGAUGACUCAAUGACUGCCUUUGAACACAGAUGAAAUUGAGACGAUUACUGUUAAUUUAGCAAGAUGUUCAUCACAGCCAUGUUCAACCCACCAUGUGAAGUGAUCAGCCUCUUGUAGGAUACAGAACUAAGGGAAUAUUUCAUGCAUGGUGUGCUUCUUAAACAGUCAUGUACUACUUUGGUUACACAGAUAAUUUGAAAUAAGACAGAUGACGUUCAUCAACAUCUUGCCUCACCUUGACAACAGUAAUCAACUUUUUAAAAUACAUGUUGGAGUGGUUGCAGACUUGACGGUGCCUGCUAUUUCUGACAUUGUUUAUGUCCAUUAUAUCAAACGUGUAGCACAAACACUUUCAUCAAUACAGAAACCAUCAACUAAUGUUGUCAACAAGGAGGAUCUGAUGUGACAUGGGAAGAGAAACAUCCUCAGAAACUUGCAUAAUAAUCUGCAUGGCAUCUGCUGUCAUGAAUGAUGACCCAUGGGGAAUGUUGGACUUUAUGGCGGGAAAUAUAUUUUUCAUGGAUUUUAAAAAAAAUAUGGCAAGCAUAAUUGAUAAUACAGGAACAAAUUUGAAAUAGAAAAUGUUCAGCCAUUACGAUAAAACCUGAGGGUGAAGCCUGUGUAUUGUGGGACAUGGUUUGAUUCGCCACACAAGGUACAUGAUGAACAUGCUGUGUUAAUAUGAGGAAACCCAUGUUGCAUUAGAUAUAACACAAUGAUGUUACGUGGUGGACUUUCAACCAAGUCAUUGUUUGGUGAUGGGGCUCUCAAGUGUUUCAAGAACAAUGCUCACAAGAAGUCCUGCAGCAUGUGUAAUAAGAGGCGGCUCAAUAACCUGACAUAUAGUGGAUGACUGCAUUCACUUCUUUUGUCAUUGAGUUCAGGUUACAAAACUGAAUGUUUUGUGUAUCACCAUGACCCUUCAGUGGGUUGGAUGAUGGAAUAUGUAGGAUGGAAAGCUGAGAAAAGUUUUAACUAGACUGACAGAUAUGGGUAGCAUGAAGAAGCCAACCAUAUUCCUCACUGGAUGAAAUAAGAGUGGUAAAACCAUUGCCAUAAUCAUGAGAAAUGUCUGGCCAGGUACUUUGAGUAAUGCUUGUCAUGUAUGUGGAUUUGACUCAAAUGGAAUUCAACAACAGGUGCUACACCACACAUGACACCUGGAAACAAAAUCAAGUGAACACCAUUUUGUAACAACCAAUGAAAUGAAUUAUGUGUACAUCUAUAUAUGAAGUGUUGGUGUAAUUGUUAAGAAAAUUGUUGGAAGGAUUUGAUACAAGGACAUAAUUAAAAUAAAAUUGUGCGGAAAAUUAACCACAUUGCAAAGAACAUAAUGCUGAUUGCAGCUGUCACUAAUAAGUUGGAUUAUGAGAUAAUGUCACAAUAUAACUGCCCACUGCACAAGCAGUGUACUUCUCUGUAACCAAAUGAUCAGGGGGGGAAAUCCAGCUCACAAGCAAAUAUACUGGUACUUUCUUCCAGCAGCCAACUAGUAUUCCUACAUUUUGCUGACAUACCUUUGAUUCUCAUCAUGAGUGAACGUCUAUGACUGAUUCUCAUUCUGGGCACUGCUUCCCAAAGGAGAAACUUUGGGCAUAGCUGGUUUUUACCACUAGAGGUGGCCAUCACAACACAUCACAACAAUCAGUAGAGGAAAUAACCAGAUUCAUGCAAGAUUUUAUCACUUGUGUGAAUCUGUAAGAGUCACUGAUACUCUGCAGUGGAUUGUAUAUGAAGGCAGGAUUGAAGCCCCUGUUCUCCAUCAGAUGCAGCAGUGGCUUCUCUGAAAAAUUCAUUUCAGUUAAUUUGGCUUUUGUUUUCUGGCUUAGUCUUGUAGCAUAUGUAAUGUAAAAUUAAAUUUCUUUAAGUUGAGUUUGCUAUGGCUUGCUGUUCAUGAGAGUGUGUAUUUGUAUGUUCAUGAUUAUAUGUAGAACUUGAAGGUCAUCCUGUGAGGAGUCCGCCGCUGUGAUAUUGCUGGAAUAUUGCUAAAAGCGGCUUAAAACUAUACUCACUCACUCAUCCUGUGAGAAAAACAUGGGAGCUUAUGGCAUGAGACGAGGGGCUGCAUUGUCUCACCACAUGGAGUAACAACACAGAUGGUAUUUCAUGUCAUGGCUAACAAGAUGUCCAUGCUGAAAAACUAAAAUGAUUGAUUUGUGAUAGCUUAACCCCUGACAUUUAAGAAGAUUUUAUUUACAGUAUUAGAUGUGAAUGGUGAGAAUUUACAAAAAGCAAUGUGGUUUUUUUUUCAUAUUUAGCCUUGUUAGCCUUGCAUAUUCCAAAGAUCAGAUUAGCUGUAGAAUUGAUUGAGGUAAGACCCAUGCAGUGCUGACCACCAGUUUUGAGCAGUCUAUUGAAGCAGUCUGGUGCUGUGAGACACAGCUGCAGAAACAAGAAGGCUCGGAUCACCAAAUAUCUCACUGUCUGGAAUAUGUGUACAUGAUCUAAUGUGAUGAUUGCUCAGUGAUAUUUGUUUAUUCCUUGUAAACAAACUUAUGUAUAUAAUUAUCAUUUUGUCAAUAGAUGCCAAUCAACAUCAUUAUUUUUGUUAUAGCCGUUUUCUAAUUUUUUCAUAAGAAAAGUAAAAUUGUUGAGAUCGU